UGUGUUUUGAUUUCCUAUAAAAACUUUAACAAUAUUUAUCUUUGCAAGACGAUUAUAAAAGUCUGGGCUCCCAAGUACUGUAUGUGACUGAUAAGUUGGUUAUUUGAGUCUUGAGAAAAUAUGAGAAAUGUCCUAAACAAUAUGAGAGAUGUCCUAAACAGUAUGAGAGAUGUCAUCAAAAGUUUUUUAAUAUAUGAUAAAAAGAUGUCAUCUGAAGUUGCGGCAGAUGAUCAUCCACCGGAGCCACCAUCACUUCCCGAAGAAGUCUUCUUGGAUUGCGUAGUACGUGAACCAAGAACUGACUAUCCCAUUCUCUCACUUGUUUCAGAGAAGUUCCGGUCUCUCGUUACGUCGCCUAAGGUAUACAAGUUACGAUCUCUUUUAGGCUACAAGGAACACUGUCUCUAUGUUGCUAUCUCUAAGAACCAAACCUCUACUAUCCGCUGGUAUACUCUUGGUCGGAAACCCAACAACAACCUUCGGUUAGUCCCUGUCCCUUCACUCCCUCCGAUGCCUUUACAUGCAAGCUACGUGGUCUCAGGUUCGAGUAUAUAUGUCAUGGGUGGAUUUCACCGUUGGGGGUUGAUCACUCCGCGUGUGUCACGCAUCGAUUGUGUGUCUCACACGGUUCAGCCUCUUCCUAGGAUGCCAAAGGCGGUAGCUGGUUCGGUCUCCAAACUCGUGGACCGGAAGAUAUAUGUGAUUGGAGGGUCUGAUACUCGCUCACCGAAGCUGAAGUCAUUUUCUAAAAGGAUCAUGGUGUUUGAUACUGAAGCAAAAACGUGGAAGGUUAAAAGGAGGCCAAAUUGGAAAGUGGGACAGAAGUGGCUUAGUAGCGUGGAGAUGGCGGGUAAGAUUUACAUGAGGAGUUAUUCCAACAGCUAUGUGUAUGAACCAAAGAAAGGUAAGUGUAAACUGGACCCGAUCUUGCACUCCAAGGAGUGGUCCAAUUCAUGCGUUAUAGACGAUGUAUUGUACUACUAUGAUGUUCGUAAGAAUUGUUUAAGAGCUUACGAUCUAAAGAAAAGGGCUUGGGGAGUAGUGAAGGGUGUGGAAUUAGGACCAUUUGAGGAUGGUUCAUGGUCACGCACCGCGAGUUACGGUAGAAAAUUAGCUGUGUUUUUGCAGAAAGCAGUAGCCGUGACUGAGACUACAGAGAUUUGGUAUGCAGAGGUUGUGGUUAAAAGGCACCAAAGAGGAGAAAUUUGGGGAAAUGUAAAAUGGUAUGGACUUGUGCUUGAUGGAAAAUCUUGCAUUAUGGAUUGUCUAGCAGUCAAAAUGUAAUGUUUGGACUAUGUAUUGGUAAUUUUUAAGUAGUCAUCAUCUCCUUGAGGUUUCUAUGCUAAUGAUUGUCUUCUUCUUUCUUUUUUUUUUUUUGUUACCGUGGAUACACAGUGAAAUGUGAAUUCAUGUUCUAUAUAGUAGUUUGGGUCUAGACCUAGUUUGAUUAUCAUAAAACUAGCUUGUGUUUCCAAAUUUUCUAGGUUUUACCAGACAAUAUUUGGUAAUGGGUUUCGCUUGUAUCUACUCUAAUGUUUCUGCAUUUUAAUAAAAAGCUGAUUUUUAUGGA